GAUUGUUCGUGGAGUUCUGUCCUCCAAAUGCAGAAAAUGUUUCGAUCGGUCAAAGCUGAACACGUGCGUAUGGUCAUCGCUGGUCUUUCGGCAAUUGUUUCUUUCCUCAUUUUGGGAUUUAUUACUUCAUGGGUGGAGACCUAUAAGUGCCAUGAAAUAAGUGUUUGGAAACACGUUUGCUUGCUGCAGCUCAUUGGUGGCAUGCUCCUCUUCAUAGGUUCCUUAAAGAAUAAUCACUGGUUCAGUUUGCCGUGGCUGGUGGCUGCCUGCAUAUUUAUUUACACGCUGUGCUACAAGUCUAUUGCUUAUUUGAGCUAUUUGGAUGGAAAAUUGCUGAUGGUGGUUCCCCUACUUCAAAUCAUUGCAGGCUUUUGGACCUAUUACGUGUACGAAGUCUUCCAGGACUUUCUUCAAAUGCAAGUUCAAUCCAUUGGGUAAAACUGCAUAAUCGAGUCGGUGCAAGCGGGGCAUUAAUGUGCACUUUUUAUCCAGUGAAACGCAAUUGAGCUGAGUGUAAGGGCAAAUAAGUGUGAGCAUUGCGGUCGGUGUGUGUUUGCUUGGGGGUUUGAGUGUGCUUUUGUAGCCAAAAGUAAAAUAAGCGUUAAAAUGUCUGCUAUAACCCAGUGGAAGCGACGGGUCUGGCUCUGGGUCUCUUCUGGGGCUCUUGCGGUAUCGUUGCAUGCGUAUUGCAUUACCCGACCUGCACCCCUUCCAACCACCCACUCGCACCCCUUUUUUUUACCACCCCCUUUGGCACAAAGUGGCGUAUGAAUAGAUACAUGUUUUGUUGCCCGUUUUGUUUGCUCCCCGCCUUUCCCUUUCCCCUGCCGCUUUUCAGUCUGUCUGUGGACUGGUUGUCGUAAUCCAACAAGCAGACAGGUUAAAUACACCGCAAGGACAGACUCGCACACACAGGGGCUGCUGCAAAAAAAGUGUGACAAAGAUGGUGGGGAAAAGUGGCGGGAAAUGGGGAAAAUUCAGGGGAGCAACUCGAGCCGCGAUUUGGUUGGGAGACGCAGACGCAUCCAACAAACAAUAAUCAUGCAACAAUAGUGAGAGCCGCAAACAAAUUGCUUUUCUAUGUAUAUUCUGGUGUAAAGGGAUCUGUCUGCACGGAGAAAAUUAGGUUAUUUUCAAUAAUUUACUCAGCACUAAGAAAUAGGAAUAGCUUUAAGAAAUUUAUUUAUUAGAAUUAGCCAUUUAAUAUACUUAUGUUAAAAGGUCUUGAAACCGAUCUAACAACCAGGUUUAUUUUUCAUUAAUAAUAACACUAUGUAUUUAACUAAAAA